AUGGCGACGUCAACAGCUGGGGCUACAGGAUGGUACAGAGGAAAAGUGAAAGCAGUUCCUUCAGGGGAUAGCUUGGUGAUAAUGGCUAUGACUAGCAGUAAGCCUGGCCCUCCACCUGAAAAGACUAUCACUUUGUCCUCUCUCAUUGCCCCGAGAUUGGCUCGUAGAGGUGGUGUUGAUGAGCCGUUUGCCUGGGACAGCAGAGAGUAUUUGAGGAAGCUCUGCAUAGGAAAGGAAGUGACUUUCAAGGUAGACUAUGCUGUCCCGUCCAUUGGUCGAGAAUUUGGCUCUGUGUUCCUCGGUGACAAAAAUGUUGCGCUGCUGGUUGUUUCUGAAGGCUGGGCAAAGGUCCGGGAGCAGGGUCAGCAAAAAGGUGAAGCUAGUCCUUUUCUUGCUGAGCUCCUACGCCUUGAGGAACAGGCUAAACAGCAGGGUCUGGGCCGAUGGAGUAAGGCUCCAGGAGCCUCAGAGGCUGCUAUCAGAAAUCUACCUCCCUCUGCCAUUGGUGAUCCUAGUAACUUGGAUGCUAUGGGUCUGCUCGCUGCAAACAAGGGAAGACCCAUGCAAUGCAUUGUGGAGCAGGUUCGUGAUGGUAGUACUGUCCGUGUCUACUUGCUUCCAGCCUUUCAAUUUGUUCAAGUGUUUGUUGCUGGAAUCCAGGCCCCAUCAAUGGGUAGAAGAGCUGCAAUAGAAACUGUUGUUGAACCUGAAACAACCUCCAAUGAAACAAAUGGUGAUGCGUCUGAAACUCGUGCCCCUUUAACAUCUGCACAGAGACUUGCUGCCUCAACAGCCCCUCCAGAAGUUGCUCCUGAUCCAUUUGGGUUGGAAGCCAAAUAUUUUACAGAGCUCCGUACUUUGAAUAGGGAUGUCCGCAUUGUUCUGGAAGGUGUUGACAAGUUCAGCAAUUUGAUUGGAUCAGUAUACUAUCCUGAUGGGGAAUCUGCAAAGGACUUGUCACUAGAGCUUGUGGAAAAUGGUUUAGCUAAAUUUGUUGAAUGGAGUGCAAACAUGAUGGAAGAAGAUGCUAAACGGAAGCUGAAGACUGCAGAGCUUCAAGCCAAGAAAAAUCGCUUGAGGAUCUGGACUAAUUAUGUACCCCCUGCUACAAAUUCAAAAGCAAUUCAUGACCAGAAUUUUACUGGAAAGGUAGUGGAGGUUGUAAGUGGUGAUUGUGUCAUUGUGGCCGAUGAUUCUGUGCCAUAUGGCAGCCCAUUGGCAGAGAGACGUGUCAAUCUUUCAAGCAUUAGGUGUCCAAAAAUGGGCAAUCCUCGUAGAGAUGAGAAACCUGCUCCUUAUGCCCGGGAAUCUAAGGAGUUUCUGAGGACACGCCUUAUUGGCCGACAAGUGAAUGUGAGAAUGGAAUAUUCUAGGAAGAUGACAGACGGGCCUACAGCUGCCCCUGUUUCUGGAGAUGCAAGAGUUAUGGAUUUUGGAUCCAUCUUUCUGUUGUCUCCCACUAAAGGUGAUGGUGACGAAGCCUCGACAGCACCAUCUACUGCUGGUGGCCAGCAACCUGGGAUUAAUGUUGCUGAGCUGGUGAUAUCUCGUGGUUUUGGCACUGUGAUUCGGCAUAGAGAUUUUGAGGAAAGAUCAAAUUUUUAUGAUGCCCUUCUUGCUGCUGAAUCACGAGCUAUUGCUGGAAAGAAAGGGAUCCAUUCUGCAAAGGACCCUCCAGUCAUGCAUAUUACAGACCUCACCACGGCAUCGUCCAAGAAAGCAAGAGACUUCUUGCCAUUCCUGCACAGAAGUAGGAGGAUUUCUGCUGUUGUCGAAUAUGUCCUUAGUGGUCAUCGUUUUAAACUGUUGAUUCCUAAGGAGACAUGCAGCAUUGCGUUUUCGUUCUCUGGCGUUAGAUGCCCUGGUCGUGAUGAACCCUACUCAGAAGAAGCAAUUGCACUCAUGAGAAGAAAGAUAAUGCAGAGAGAUGUUGAGAUUGAAGUGGAAACAGUUGAUAGAACUGGAACUUUCUUGGGAUCUCUGUGGGAGUCAAGGACCAACAUGGCAGUGACUCUUGUUGAAGCUGGCCUUGCAAAGUUACAGACUUCCUUUGGCACCGAUAGGAUCACUGAUGCACAUCUUCUUGAACAGGCUGAGCAAUCUGCUAAGAGGCAGAAACUGAAGAUUUGGGAGAAGUAUGUUGAAGGGGAGGAAGUCAAUACUGGUCCAGCUGUUGAAAGCAAACAGAAAGAAGUGCUCAAGGUAGUGGUUACAGAAGUCUUGGAUGGUGGUAGGUUCUAUGUCCAGACAGUUGGGGAUCAGAAAAUAGCCUCUAUUCAGCAACAGCUUGCAUCCCUCAAUCUCCAAGAAGCUCCGGUAAUUGGUGCUUUUAAUCCCAAGAAGGGUGACAUUGUGCUUGCUCAGUUUAGUGCAGACAAUUCAUGGAACCGAGCGAUGAUUGUGAAUGCACCUCGUGGAGGCGUUGAAUCCCCUAACGACAAGUUUGAGGUGUUCUACAUUGAUUAUGGCAAUCAAGAGGAGGUUACAUACAGUCAUUUAUGUCCUCUUGAUCCAUCUGUGUCAGCGGCACCUGGUCUUGCUCAGUUGUGCAGCUUAGCGUACAUUAAGGUUCCAAGCUUGCAGGAUGAUUGUGGCCCAGAAGCAGCUCAGUAUUUUAGUGAUAACACAUUAAACAGCUCAAAAGAGUUCAGGGCAAAGGUGGAAGAACGGGAUGCUUCUGGAGGUAAAGUUAAAGGCCAGGGAACUGGGCCAGUUGUUAUUGUAACUCUGGUCGCUGUUGAUUCGGAAAUCAGCUUAAAUGCUGCCCUAGUUCAGGAAGGGCUCGCCAGGAUAGAGAAGAGGAAGAAGUGGGACUCCAUGGAUAGAAAGGUGGCCCUAGAUAAUUUGGAGAAAUUCCAGGAUGAAGCACGGGCUGAUAGGCGUGGGCUGUGGGUGCAUGGUGAUAUCGAGUCAGAUGAUGAGGAAGUCAUUCCUGUUAAGAAGGCUGGCAGCCGUCGAUGA